UCGCAGGGCUCAGUCAGUCAGUCAGUGGAGCGGCGUCAUUUCAACAGCUGCUUUCCCUCCCACUAUCCCACCCCACACAUCAUUUGGAGAAGAGGACAGGCUUUGCUGUUUUCUCGUGCACUUCGGGGUCGUGUUCUGAUAGACCAGGCACAGAGAGGCCUCUUGCAGCCGUUAUUUUGACAGGAAGAACCCGCGAGAACCACCCUACUCGCGUGCAGCCGCUAUUUCUCCCCGUUACUCCAGUGGACAUACCUCAUAAUGACUGCAGACUCGCGACGUAGAAUGUGACCGUUGAAGUUCGUUUCUUUAAAAAAAAAAUAAUAAAUCUGUUGCCGCCUUCCGCUGCUGUAUAUAUUUGUUAAGAAAUUACAGGCAUUUGCAUUAUCGGACGAAGAAGUAGCGGUCUCAGUGACAGUACCACAGACAUUCAUGGGAGAUAAAGCCUAAUGUGUACAGUGCCAGACAACAAUAGCUCCUGACAGAUGGAAGGAGGGGUUUUGCUCCACGAAUUCAAGAUGGAAAACGAGGGAAUGAGCUUAAGUUCUUGUGAGUAACACGGGGGGAAGUGAAGAGGUGGUUUAUCGUCGGUUUUUUGGUAGUGCUGGAGGGAAUGAUGGCGCGCGGUGCGGGUCGACAGACGGCGCGCGCAUCUUUCCACUCUCUCACAGAGUGAGAUCACAGAGACAUCAGUCUGAGGAAGCAGCCGUCCUUCAGAAGGAAACUGGCCCAAAGCAUGACCGUCUGUCACUGGGGAGGGUCAGAGAAUCGCAUUCCUGCAACUCUCAUGAACAGUUUGUCAUCUCCCUCGUAGGUCCACCUGCGGCCCUGAACACACCCAUCUGCCAGCUCAGAUAACCCUCAGGCUGUUUGCAACACAUGUUUGAUGUGAUUGGUUGUGACCGCCGCGCUUUGCUAAGCAGCCCCACUCUACAUCAUGCAGUGGCGUCGGCGACACUGCUGCCCCAUCAAGAUGACCUGGAAUGUCAAGCGGUCACUCUUCCGCACACAUGUAGCAGGCCUUCUCUCGCUGGCCUCACUCUUCGCCCUCUUUCUCAUCUACUGCCACCAGGAUUUGCUGCAGGGCCGGAGUUGGUUGCGAGACAACCCUUUGGUUUACACCAUGCGGGGUUUGCGCCCCCACAAGGAGCGUGCAAAGGGAAACCAAAGCUCACUGCGAAGCCUCUGGAAAGACAAUACUUAUGUGCUCCCCAAACCGUCUGUUAACUUCAAUUUGAGUUCUCACCAGGCUGAGAUCACUGCCCGGGGGAUUGUGGGACUGGCGAUCUCGCCGAGCAGCAACCACUCAAACACCAACAGCAACACCAAGAGCUUGCACAGGGAAAUGGGAGUGGGAGGACGUCUGGCAGCCCAGCCUUAUCACUGGCUGCUUAAUGAGCCCUACAAGUGCAACGAAAGCAGUCCCUUCCUGGUUUUGCUAAUUGCUGCGGAGCCGAGGCAGCUGGAGGCAAGGAACGCCAUCAGACAGACCUGGGGCAACGAGAGCGUGGCCAUGGGUUAUGGGUUCGUGCGGCUCUUUCUGCUGGGAAGGAUACCUAAUGCGUAUCCUCAGAGCUCCAUUGACGAGGAGAGCUUGCAGUACCAUGACAUCAUCCAGCAGGACUUCUUGGACACCUAUUACAACCUUACCAUCAAGACGCUAAUGGGCAUGAGCUGGGUUGCCCGCUAUUGCCCGCACGCUCGUUAUGUCAUGAAGACGGACAGUGACAUGUUUGUCAACACAGAAUAUCUCAUCCAAAAGCUGCUAAAGCCAAACAUGGCACCUCGACAGAAUUACUUCACAGGCUACCUAAUGAGAGGCUAUGCUCCCAACCGCAACAAGGACAGUAAGUGGUACAUGCCACCAGAGCUGUAUUCCAGCGAGAGAUACCCUAUCUUUUGCUCCGGUACGGGCUAUGUAUUCUCGGGGGACAUGGCUGCGAAAAUCUACAACGCCUCGUUGAGUAUCCGUCGCCUUCAUCUCGAGGAUGUGUAUGUGGGAAUCUGCCUGGCAAAGCUGCGGAUCGACCCAGUGCCACCACCGAAUGAGUUUCUCUUCAACCACUGGAGAGUGUCGUACUCCAGCUGCAAAUACAGUCACCUGAUCACCUCUCACCAGUUCCAGCCCAACGAACUCAUGAAAUACUGGAAUCACUUGCAAAGCAACAAGCACAAUCCUUGCCUUAACAUGGCGAAGGAUAAGAGUGGGCGACCGCGCCAUAGGAAAUUGCAGUGGGAAGGUCUUCGGUGAUUAGCCAGGGCUCAGGGGUGCAAUAGUGUUACCACAGCAUGUGCAAAUUUCAGCAGUUUAUGAGGUAGGGAACAGCACAGUGUUUUUUGGUAUUGUCAAUUAAAACUAUUUUUUUAAUUUCAGAGAGAUGUUAUGUAUUGUAAACCUGUCUUUUUAAAGGGAAGUGAAAGACAUUUAUGUGUGCAGUAUCUAGCAUGCACAACAAAAAUAAAAUGAUGGUGAUACCACCAUUUUCAGGUGCCAAUUAACCAAGACAUAUUAAGAGGUUGCUGAACUUCAUCUUCAAGCUAAUGCUUGAGUGAUAUUACUAAGGGCCAAUUUUAUUGAGAUCCUCACUGUUUCUGUAUACAAAAGAAGAAAAAUUGGGAAUAUCAUAUGGUGGUGUAUCUGUACUGUGACAUAUUUCAUUGAUUCUCAGAGAUGUCCACCCCUGACAUUAUGAGAUGAUGUUGAAUUUUCUAUCUACCUAAUACCUGCAAAAGGUUUACAGUAACCAAACCAAAUUAAAAACAGUAUGUAUAAAAGAUAAUAUAUGAAAUUUAACUGCAUCAUAGAUGUCAGAUAUGAUUAAAAUAAUAUUUUUCAAAGCUUUACAUUGACUAAAUAUACAGGUCUGCCCUUGAUGAGGGUAAGUUAAAAAUAUUUAUUAAAUGUAUUUCUUAAGCCUA